AUGGCGCAACAGCCCUGCUCGCGAUCAUGGGUCCCUGUACCAUGCGAGAAUCCAUCGGCGGCACCGUGCCACCGUUCGCUUCAUGUGUGUGCUGUGCGUAAGGAUUCAUUGUACAUUUUUGGAGGCUACGACGGAUCCAAUCGCAUUAAUGACUUUUACGAAUUCAACUUCAAGCGCAAAGUCUGGUCUGUUGUGCUGGCCAUUGGCUCCGCUCCAAGCCCGCGCGAUCGUCAUGUAUCUGUAGUGUACAAGGACUCGUUUUAUGUGUUCGCUGGUUUUGACGGAAGCUCGCGUGUCAACGACUUUAUCGAGUAUAACUUCUUGACGCAGCGGUGGAGUAAUGUUGUGGUAAAUGCUGGAUUACCACCGACGGCCCGACACAGUCAUGCUGCUGUUGUGUAUGAGAAGUCAAUGUACUGUUUCGGAGGAUAUGACGGAAGCUAUCGAAAUGACUUUCAUGAGUUUAACUUUGAAACAAACACUUGGUCGCUAGUGGCAGCUACGGGACGUGUUCCAAGACCUCGAUAUCGGUCCUCGUUGGUGGUGCACAACCACACGUGCGUGCUAUUCGGUGGUCAUGAUGGUUCUCGUCAUUUAAACGAUGUCCACGUGUAUAAUUUUGAUACGCGUGUCUGGUCACUCCUCGCAACAGAAGGCUUAGCACCGAUCGCCCGUGAUAGCCAUGUUGCUGUCAUCUACUCAGAUUCCAUGUAUAUCUUUGGUGGCAGUACGGGCACUGCAGUAAAUGAUUUUUAUGAACUCAACCUCAACGUGGCGACAUGGCAACCGAUCCAAUUUAACGGCCAGCCGCCAGGACAGCGCUUUUGCCAUGUCGGCACCGUGUACGACUCGAGCUUAAUCGUCUUUGGUGGCUACGAUGGAAGUAACCGGCUGAAUGACUUCAAAAAAUUUCGUUUUGGGGACGAAGAACUAAAACUGGACAUACCUGAGAGCACAAUUAUCAAUGAUCUGAGGAUGUUAGUCAACAAUGAUAUCAUGAGUGAUGUUACGUUCAUUGUUGAAGGAGUUCCUGUUUACGGACACAAAAUUUUGUGUAUUCGCUGCAAUUAUUUUAAUGCGAUGCUUACUGGAGAGAUGUUGGAAAGCCGUGCGCGCGAAAUACAAAUAACGGAUGUGCGCCGCCCCAUUUUUAUCUCCUUGUUGGAAUAUCUAUAUACAGAUUACUUGGAUGUUGCUGUUGAAGUAGCAAUGGAGCUGUUUGUCACUGCCGAUCAGUAUGGCGUUGAAAGAUUAAAGCGCAUCUGUGAAAGCAGAAUGCUUGGAUCAUUGUGUGUUGAGAAUGCUGCGACAAUAUUUCAUGCUGCUGAUCUGCACAACGCGACAGUAUUGCGAGAUCAAUGCGUCAGCUUUAUGCUUCACAACUUUGAUGCGUUCAUGCAUGCAGCUAUGAAGUAA